AUGACAAGUAAAUGGUUACUAUUGAUAUUAUAUCUUUUCAAUAUUUUCGAUCAAAUUCAUGCUCGUGAAUCUUCAUUACAAUGUUGGAAAUGUGAAGUUACAGUUGAAUCAUCAAAAGAACCAGGAGUAUUUCAAGAUGAUUGUCAAGCACAAUUUGAUUUUACGGAACAUACAUUAGAAGAUUGUGAUGGAAAAUGUUGGAAAUCAGUUGAUUUACUUGAUAUGAAACGAUUAGGAAAUAAUAGUCAAGAACGAUUAAAAUUAAAAGAUGCUGCUUUAUCAUCAUUAAAAUCAAGUCGUCGAUGUUUUUCAGCUGAUGAAUUAUUACGAACAGCUGAGAUGGAUCAAGAUAUGUGUAAUAAAGUAACGAAAUUAACAGAGAACUUUUUUAUUUAUUGUAGUACUAUUUUAUUUGUGUUGAUGUUCAUAUUGUAG